CAUACUGGCACUGCUUCAUUAUUGUUAGGACCAUGUGUUGACCGGUAACUAGUCUGAUACCUUCCAAUGCCGCUUUAUAUACGGAUUAUGCAGAUACCGCAGUUAUGCUUGUAUCCACCCGAUUUUCCGGGGUAGGCACCACCUGUAACCCCGUUUUCCCGUCCCAUCCAUUAUCGGCGAACCAACGUCGUGUGCCAACUGUCUCGAGGACGUGAAAUCCCACAUAUUCCACUUGCCUUGUGCCUCCAACGCGACUGGCUAGAACACAACCGCCAUGUCUCGACGACCUGCGAAUCCCGCUGCGGAGCGCGCAGCGCAGAACCAGCAGACGAUCAAGAAUCUUCUCAAGUUAGAGCCCAACAAGGUGUGCGCCGACUGCAAGCGCAACAAGCAUCCGAGAUGGGCGAGCUGGAACCUUGGCGUCUUCAUUUGCAUCCGUUGCUCGGGCAUUCAUCGCGGAAUGGGCACCCACAUCAGCCGAGUAAAGUCCGUCGACCUGGACGCCUGGACCGACGAGCAACUAAAGAGCAUCCUGAGUUGGGGCAACGCGCGCGCAAACAAGUACUGGGAGGCGAAGUUGGCACCGGGCCAUGUGCCGUCCGAAGCCAAGAUUGAGAACUUUAUCCGCACCAAGUAUGAGCUGAAGAGAUGGGUCAUGGACGGGCCGAUGCCCGAUCCUGCCACACUCGAUGCCGAGGGCGACGACGACGUACCACUGAGCGUUGUUAAGGAGAAGCAAAACGUGGAGCGCCGCGAGUCCGUCCGCAAAGCAUCCGUCGGCCAAUCGGCUGCCCCGCAAGCAGACCUUAUCGGAGCAGACCCGGUCCCGGCACCUCCGAGGGCCACCUCUGCCGGACCAACAGCCAUGCAAGUUCCUCCAAAGUCUGGCCCUGCUCCGCCCAAGGCCACCAGCACAAAGGACUCGCUUCUUGGGCUGGAUUUUUUAGGCACCCAGCCUACCGCGCCUCCGCGGCCAGCGAGCACAACCGGCACACCGAGCGGCGGCCAGUCACGCCCUGAUCUUAAACAGUCUAUCCUUUCUCUAUAUGCAACGGCUCCCAGGCCUCAGCCUCAGCCGGUGACUCAGCAAGUCUCUCAUACUCCCUCAGGGUCUUUUAGUGGCAUGCCCUCCCCCACAGGCAUGCAGCAGACACAGGGCUCAAUGGGCGGGCUUAAUGAUGCCUUCAGCAGCCUAAGCUUCGCCAGUUCACCGUCCCCGAAACGAGACCCACCCGAUGCCUUCUCCAGCCUCGGCGCUUUUACGUCAUCCCGUCCUGCGCCUCAGUCGAGCGGUUCCGCCUUUUCAGCAUUGAGCGGUGGCAGCUUCUUCGAAUCCAAACCAGCAGCCUCGACUCACCAGCAAAAGCCAUCCCUUGGAAAUUCAUCCGGCUGGGGAUCCGUUGCCACACCCACAGCAGCGCACAAACCGGCCCCGGCACCCGCUUCAUCUGCGCUCGGGGACUUGUUUGAUUUCUCGGCACCUUCCCCGCCCGCCCCGGUUCCCCAGCCGGCGCUCGCUCCGACCUCUGUUGUGACCACCACCUCCUCCGUCUUCAACCUCUCCGCGAACCAGCCAAAACCUAGUCAUCCUCCUGCAGCGACAUCCACAACGAUCUCUAACCCGCUUGGCUCACUGGGCGACGAUGUCUGGGGCGGCAAUGCCUGGGCGGCCCCCGACCCGGCGCCUAAGGCUGCGCCCGAGCCGCUGAAGCCAGUCUCCACGACGACAACAACAGCAUCAACUGAUAUGGGAUGGGCCUCGCUCGCCAGCAAGCCCAUAGUCCCUGGGGCGUCGGGCGGGUUUGUGCCCAAGGUGGCGGCUGACGAGGAGUUUGGCGGGUGGACCAGCAGCACGACGGCGGCAGACACGAGCAGCGCGUCCAAGCCGGCGGCUGGGUUGCCAGGCAGUGAGGACUUGUUCUCUAACGUGUGGCAGUGAAGGGUGGGAAGCUGUACGUGGGGAUUCCUCGAGAACCCAGGCUAGGAGUUCAGAGGCAGCGAAGCAAGCGGGUUCUACACGCAGGGAGCAUAGCCGGGGUUAAGACAAAAGCGGGAGACGGGCUGUGCUUUUCGUACCCUUCUAGACGAGUUCAAUGAGUAAAGAAAACGAUAAAACUAUUCGUAACAUUCCUUCAAAAGCAUGCAGGUGCAUUGCACAUG